GACAGUGUCAUACUAACUUGUCAAUUUAAUUGAAUAAAAAAAUGUUUUUGCGUUAAUUUAAUAUUAAAACUACUUAUUUCGAUAAUAACUUGUAACAAAUAAUUAAAUAAAACUAGCGGAAUGUCUUCCCAAAAUCCCUUUUUAGCGUUAAUAGCCGCAAAAACCGAUUCUAAUGAAAGUUUUGAAGAAAACUCACCAGAAAAUAGUAAAACUAUAGAAAACACUGGGAAGGUGAAAAGUGAGUGUUUAUCGGAUAUAAUAGAGGAAAUAUUUAGGUUCACAGUCAACGAAAAAAAUGCUGUAACAAAGGACAGGUUGUAUUUGGAAGAAGUUCGUAGGAAUUGUGUAAAUGAUGAAAUGGACUUGGGCAUUUUAAAUCAAGCUCUAUUCGAUAGACUGUUUAUGUGUAACUCUGAUAACGAUUAUUUAACUAUUUACGCCUCGAAAUAUCCAAAGAGUCCUUUGUUUGAAAGGCAAGUGUUGUUUUAUUUGUACAAAUCUUUUCGAAGAUUAAAAAAAAGCGGUAAAUUGAAGGAUGAAGAUCAUGCUGCAAUAGAGGAUAUUAUUUUUAUGAAUGUUGCUACUGCUAUAAUGCAGCCUGAUAUUUAUUGUGGGCAGAAUUUAGCACAACAAAUGUUGAAAAUCUUAAACGAUGCAGAAGAUUUUUAUGAACAAUUUUUUCUUAGUUCUUGCAAAAGGGUUAUAGAGGAAGAAGAAAGUUAUGAAAGUGUUAAACGUUUUAACAAGGAAAUGUACAACUUGCUUAGAGAUGACAUACAAAAAUAUUCUCUUAUGGCUUUUAAUUAUAAUGUUUUUGAGUUAUUGAGGGUUAUGACAAGCGAAGAAUAUUUGGCAGAGUAUUUUAUUGAAUUUAAUGAGCCAGCUAGAACAAAUGUCGGUUCUGAUUAUGCCAAUACAGUUUUGGGGGCUUUGUUUAAUUGUUCUGCUCUUCCUAAGAUACCCAGUGGGGUCUAUGAGCAUUUUACUGAACCUAUGAAUCAAGUAGCAAACUCCAACACGGAAGGCUUUCUUUGGAACAAUAUGAAAAAUCUAACGCAACACAUCCACUCCUUCUUUCUAACUCUAUUAAAAAAAAGUCCCACAACCAAAGACACGAUUUUAAGGUGGCUGGGCGAUUGCCUCAAGAACAACGCUUACAGGGGUAAAAUAUGGAAUGCGCAUGCGCCUCCCGAAAUGAACCCCGCCAACUACACGACAGUGACGGACGGGUACAUGGUGAAUUUCUGCAGCGUCAUGCUCAGGUUGUGUGAACCUUUUUCGGCGAAUUUUAGGGAUAAAAAGAUACUAAAGGUGGACCCUACGUAUUGUGCUGUGCCGGAAGAAAAACUAAAAGAAACCGGCAUUCACAUGUCGGACCUUUCCAAGGAAACCUGCGUGCUGCCCGUGGAAAAUACAGAUGGCGUGGACGAGCAACGCCCCCAUUCCAAAUCGUUCAACUUCGUGACCGAAUGUUUUUUCAUGGCGCACCGCGCCAUGGACCUGGGUUUUCGAGUCGGCGUGGACAAGCUCAUCAAAAUGAACCACGAAAUGGGGAGACUUGAAAGAACUUUAAAUGAUGCUAUGGCUGGAGGUGGGAAUGAUGCUAUGCAAGAUAUGAGGGAAAGAAUGAACAAGGAAAUUUCAAAGUAUUUUUGUUUAAAAUGUCAGCUAUCCGAUCCGGUACUAUUGACAGCAAUGUUUGAUUUAAUAUCUUCGACGUGUUAUUGGUUAAGUCAAAUUGUGGUGCAUGAAAAAAAUGCUGACGGGACUUAUGCUCCUUUGACAGAAGCAGAAAUUAACUUUCCUAUUGGGGAAGAAAUUCCAAUUACUUUAAAAUGCAUUCCAGAAUUUAUCCUAGAAAACGUUGUCUCAUUUCUGACAUUUUUGCGGAGAUUUAAUCCUAAAGUUUUAGAGGAACAUGGUUUCGAGAAGAUGGAGCCCAUUUUGACUUGUAUUUUGAUGUACAUGGGUUCGCAAAAUUUGGUGAAAAACCCUCAUUUGAGGGCACGUUUCGCUGAAGGUUUGGAGUCUCUUUUGCCUUACCAUAAAGACGAUCCGCCAGGUUUUAGCAAUAUGGGAAGUUUCCAGAGAGAAAAGUUAUUUAGUGAACAUAGACAUUCCUUACAGAUUACCACAAGUAUUUUAGAAGUUUUUGUGGGUAUAGAAAUGACAGGCCAAAGUGUCGAAUUUGAGCAGAAAUUUAACUACCGAAGGCCAAUGUAUGCUAUUAUUAAUUAUUUGUGGAAAUUGCCGCAGCAGAUGGAGUGUUUUAGAGAUCUUGCUGAUUAUGCGGAAAACAAUAUGGAAGCGGUGAAUCCCCCAUUAUUUUUAAGGUUCGCCAACCUUUUGAUAAAUGAUGCCAUUUUUUUGUUGGAUGAGGCUUUGUCCAACAUGGCUAAAAUUAAGGAUAUGCAACAUGCAAGGGAGAGCGGGCAAUGGGACGCGCUGCCAUCCCGAGAGCGAGCCCAACAGCACGGCUACCUGCAGCACGUCGGCAUGCUGGCGCGCUUCGACAACAUACUCGGCCGCGACACGAUCCAGACUUUGGUCAAGUUGACCUCGAAAAUCCAGAAAGUCUUCACGCACACCACGAUGGUGGACCGCAUCGCCGCGAUGCUGAAUUACUUUUUGCUGUCGUUGGUCGGCCCGAACAAGCAGAACUUUAAAGUUUCCAAUCCGCAGGAGUACAGCUUCGAUCCUGCGGCCACCGUGAUGGAUAUUUGCAAGAUUUACGUCAAUUUGAAGGAUAACAAGGCGUUCGUAUUGGCCAUCUCGCAGGACGGGCGGAGCUACAGUCCGCAGUUGUUUACUUUCGCCGAGGAUGUGCUGGUCAGGAUCGGUGGUGGUAAUUUAUUGGCGGAAAUCAAAGAAAUCGCGGAUUUGGUGGAAAUUAAAGCGAAAGAAUAUAAAGCAAAUGAAGAGGCAUUGGCUGAAGCUCCAGAACACUUUUUGGACCCCAUAAUGUCCACUUUAAUGGCGGAUCCAGUAAUUUUGCCCAGUUCCAAACAAACUGUAGAUAGAACCACUAUAGCAAGGCAUCUUUUGAGCGACCAAACAGAUCCAUUCAAUCGAUCGCCACUUUCCAUGGAUCAAGUCAUUCCGAAUGUUGAGUUAGCAAAAGAAAUUCAGCAAUGGUUAUCAGAAAGAAGAUGUUAAUAUUGGUUUAAAAAAACUGAUAUUUUAAAAUAAUUUUAAUUGGAUGCCCUUUUUGUAAAUUUAUAACUUGUUUUAAAUUUGUUAGGUGGUUAUGUUUUUUAGUUUCUGUGAUGUUAUUUUUUCUAAAUGUAAAAUGUGCAUAUGAUUGGAGGGAAU